CGUUUUUUCUCAUUUUCUCAUGUUUUCUGUCCACGAGGAGUGCGGACAGAAAAUAGGUCACAAUCUCCCAUUGAACCAAACUCUGCUUGGAGACCACACCUCUGCUUGGAGACUAACCUCGUCUGGUGAAGUGUCUGGUAACAAGACACAUCACCAGCGUCCUCUGGCGGAUGGUAGCUAAAUAGCACCGUGUAAGGCUUUUACUUCCGGAUCAGAGCUUCGGUCCCGAUCACCUAUUAAAUCUCUAUGGUUUUUGACGCCUCUAAUUCUCUAUCUUCGGUACAAGAUUAGCUAUUUUCUACCAACUAUCAGGGAAACAACACAUGACUUCAAUUCUGCUGAGAGCUUUAUUCUGCAAAAGAACUAGCAGUAUAUGUUGGCAGGUGUUUUCAGGUGUGAGGUACUGUGGCACAGGUGGGAAGAUGUCAGCAGGUUGUGGAAGUUCAGGACGCACCCUGAUUGGAGUUUGUCAGAUGACAUCUCGGUCUGACAAGGAAGACAACUUUCAGGUGUACUCUGAGUUGAUAGAAAGGGCAGCAACAAGAGGAGCCAAGAUAGUGUUUCUACCAGAAGGUUUUGACUACUUGGGUAGAGGUAUUCCCCAGACUGUGUCUAUGGCAGAAACCCUCCAUGGAGAACUGAUGACAAGGAUUUCUGCACUAGCCAAGAAGCAUGAUGUGUGGCUUUCCCUUGGUGGCUUCCAUGAAAAGGGAUCAGAAUCAGAUAGCAACAGAGUUUACAACACCCAUGUGAUGAUGAACAGUCAAGGUGCAAUAGUAGCCACAUACAGAAAGACACACCUGUUCCAUGUGGACAUACCUGGGCAGGUGAGGUUGAAGGAGACGGACUGGACCAUUCCUGGUGGGGAGAUAGUGGCACCUGUUCCCACACCAGCAGGGAAAGUGGGACUGGCCAUCUGCUACGACCUGCGGUUCCCUGAGCUGUGCAUCUCCCUGGCUCAGAUGGGGGCAGACAUCCUCACCUUCCCAUCAGCCUUCACUCAGACUACAGGCAUGGCACACUGGGAGGUGCUGCUGAGGGCCAGAGCCAUUGAGAACCAGUGUUACGUGGUGGCUGCAGCCCAGACUGGAGCUCACAAUGAGAAGAGGAGGUCCUAUGGACAUGCCAUGAUUGUUGACCCGUGGGGCUGUGUAGUGGCCUGCUGUCAUGAGGGAACAGACGUCUGUGUUGCAGAGGUUGACCUUGACUACCUGCACAAGGUCAGGCGUGAAAUGCCAGUAUGGGAGCACAGAAGACAUGACAUCUAUGGACAUAUAGAACUCAAGACAUAGACCAUACUCCAGUUCUGACAGUAGGAAUAGUGGUGAUAUCGAUGGUUCAAAGAUCAUUCCCAUCAUUCUGUACUACAUGUAUUGUUGUAAUACAUGUAUCAACUUCAGUACAGACUAAGAGUAUUGAAGAUCUAUUGUCAAACUUAGCGUAGCAUGAAUAAAAAUAACUUGAAAUAUAACUACACACUUGCAUUUGGAAGUAUUUUAAUCUGAAUACAAUUCCACCCUGUACAGGGUUACAUUUAUGGAUUCACUUGUCACCACAGGAAAUCCCAGUGUAAUGAAAAGCAGGAUGUACAGAAAACAGUGGCACACUUGAAAAUUUGUUCUGGCUUCAACGUUGAGAUAUAAAUUUUGACUAGAUUUUCUCCAUCCUCUGAUAUACUAGUAUCCUUCUAAUAAUACUUUCCCAAUGGUAUGAUGUGUCUCUUAUAUUUCCGCUAUUGUCAAUUUAAUCACACAGGUUAUCUUACAGUACAAAAGCAGUUAAUCAAACCAUACACUCUCUUAACAGCUAGCAGUAACUCAAUUGUUAACCUUUCAGUUGUUGUACACAAUUGACUUCUUGAUUGUUCAGAUCCUUGGUAAAGUUGAUAUCCAUGUAUCAGCCUACAUACUAUACAGGUUACUGAUGCCCAAAUGCUGUAUCAGGUAUACUAAAAUUUACUCAAUACAGAAGCACAAAACAUCUACAAUGAAAGAGUUCUGUUAGACAGAGUGCUAAAGCUUCUUGAGUGGGAAAGUAUGGAGAAUGUUAUUCUUUUUACAUUUCCUUAUACCACCUUACAGUUUGUCUUAUGACUGCAUGAAUAUCAAACAGGACAGCAAUAAAUGUUACAAUGGAUAGGA